UCGCCUUCCGGGACUGAAGCGCGGUUCGGGGCGUCGGGAACUUGAUCGGUGUGGUCGGCUGCUGCCCCUGUCGGACUUGGUUGCUGGACUGCUCGUGCUGCCCCCGGCCUCUUCUGGUUCAGUUUUAGCGUGGCCAGAACUAUCCAUUUUCUUCCUGCCCUUUCAAUUUAUCAAAGACACCUGUAAAAAAAGCUAGCAAUUGCAACAGAAGUUCCCCACUCCUUUCCAGAUGCGGCAGAUAGUUUCUUUGCUGUCCCAUCCAGAAUAUUGGAGAAAUUGAGCCACUUCAUAACUUUGUUCUGAGGAAGCGAGGUAUUACUUGUUUGUUGUUUGGUCCAUCUUGUCUCGGCAUCAAUGGCGGCCUCGACUGGUCAUGACUCAAGGCAGUAUUCAUGGUUGUGGGUUAGCCAUAUCAGCCCCAAGAAUUCCAAAUGGCUCAAAGAAAACCUCAGCGACAUGGACAUGAAGGUUAAAGCCAUGAUCAAGCUUAUCAAUGAAGAUGCUGAUUCUUUUGCACGGAGAGCAGAGAUGUACUAUAAGAAGCGGCCAGAGUUAAUGAAACAGGUAGAAGAGUUUUAUCGAGCAUACCGCGCAUUAGCAGAAAGGUAUGACCAGGCCACCGGGGCACUUAGACAGGCUCACAGAACAAUUUCUGAAGUAUUCCCAAAUCAGAUGCCAUCAAUGGAUGAGUCGCCCUCUUCAUCUGGCCAAGAAGUGGAGCCGCAUACUCCAGAGAUGCCAACAUUCUCCCGUCCAAAAUUUGAAUCAGAUGAUCAUAUCUCCAAGAGGAAUGGUUCAUACCCUCAGGAAACCAGUGGAUUGUCAAACCGAGAAAGUCUAAAGCAGUCCACUGAUUUUUCACUAAGUGGUGAAAAUGUUACUCGUGCUGUUUCUGAUGGGAAAGCGCGGAAAGGACUUAGUUUUGAAAGUCCAGAAGUUAAAGGGAGAGAGGACAUCAGCACCGAAAUGGUAAAUAUGCAACAGGAGAUUUCAAGGCUAGUAGCUGAGAACCAGAAACUGAAACAACAGAUGUCAGAAUUUGAGGGAGCAAAGAAAGCUGAAAGUGAGAUCCAAAACCAGAAGGAUACUGUUUUUCAUUUGAAUUCUGAGAAAGAUACAUCUCUUCUGCAAUAUGAUCAGUCCACUGAGCGUUUGUCUACUUUGGAGUCUGAGCUCUCUAAGGCGCAGACUGACCUCAAGAAGCUAACUGAUGAAAUGGCUUCAGAAGUCCAAAAGGUAAACAAUGCUGAAUCACGCAAUAGUGUGAUACAGUCUGAGCUCGAGGCUUUGGAUCAAAAGGCAAAGAUACAACAGCAAGAGCUUGAACAAAAGCUGAAGGAAUUGGAAAAUCUCCAAUUUAGCUUCCAGGAGGAACAUGAAAAGCGCAUGCAAGCUGAAAGUGUUCUUCUUUUGGAGGGAAAGGAGCAUGCUAAAUCUCAGGAAGAAGUUCAAAGGUUGAUUACAGAGAUCAAGAUGACAAACGAAAAGUUAGAUGAGCUCAUGCAGAGCAAGAUGAACCUGGAGAGUGCUGUUUGUGAGCUGAAGAAGGAAGUCAAGAGCCUUACUGAACAAAAUCACUCUUCUGAGGUGCUUAUACAAGAACUCCGUGAUGAGAUAAAUUCCCUGAGGGAUUCAAAGAGUGAGAUUCAGAAUGAAAUAGAAAGCCUUAGGGGCACCAUUUCACAGGUAAACACUGAGAAGGAUGUAGCUUUACUACAACACCAGCAAGUCGUUGAAAGGGUUUCUAUGUUGGAAUCUCAACUCUUGAAUAUACAGUCAGAGCUGGAGUUUAAUGAAAAUAAGGUGCAUAUGCUGAUGCAAGAUCUAGAACAGAAGAGAGAGGAAAUUCAAAGCGUUCAUGGCCAGCUGCAAGUUGAAAGCCAUAGGCGGACACAAACUGAAGCAGCCCUCCUCACGUCAGAGAGUCUGCACUCCAAGUUAAAGGAAGAAGUGAAAAGGCUGACACAAGAUCUUGACACAUCAAUAAAGAAGCUGAGUGAGUUGGAAAAUGACAAGUUAGAUCUGGAGAAUACAUCAAAAGAACUAAAGAAUGCCAUUUCAGAUGUGAACUCCGAGAUGGAUGCAGCACUCCUGCAACACCAGCAGUCUCUGGAGAAAGUAUCUGAUUUGGAGUUACAACUCUCAAAGGCGCAGUUGAAACUGGAGAAGUCUGAACAGAAAAUGCAUGUACAGGAGCGAGAUAUUGCACAGAUGAGUGAAAGUAUCAACAGUCUGGAGUUAAGUUUGGGAGAAGAGACCGAGAAGAAGGUGCAAGCUGAAAAGUCACUCAUGUCAAUGGAGAACAUUUAUUCUCAGUCUCAAGAAGAACUGAGUAGGCUGCAUCGAGAGAUUGAGAAGCUGAAUGCCAAAUCAAAUGAGUUGGAGAACUUGUCGUCAGAACUCAGGAACACUAUCUUACUUCUGAACACCGAAAAAGAUGCUACCCUUACUAAGAACCAGGAGUCCUUGAUGAGAGUAUCCCAUCUGGAAUCUGAACUCUCGAAAUUGCAGGCUGAACUGGACAAGGUUGAAGGAAGAGUAGAGGUGCUGGAGAAAGAACUAAAGCAUAAGCAAGAAGAAGUUUAUAGCCUUGAAACCAGCUUAGAAGAUAAAACCCAGAAGUGCAUUGAAGGUGAAGCAGCUCUUCUCUCAGUUACAGGUCUUCAUUCUGAAUCUCGGGAUGAAGUGAACAAGUUGGCCAUGGACAUUGAGAAGCUGAGUGGGCAAUUAAGUGAGGUGGAGAACAAUAAGAUGGAUCUUGAGAACAUUGUAAUCAAGUAUACAGAGGACAUCCAUAUCCUGCAUGAACAAAAUCUUUCUGCAGAGUAUACAAUAAAAGACCUGCAUUGUGAAUUGGAUGCACUGAAGGAGUUGAAUGUGAAACUCAAGGCUGAAAUGGGGUCACAUAUAGGUGAAAAGGAGGCAGUUCAGAGAGAUUUUGUCCGUCAAAAAGAAGAGAAAAAAAAUCUAGAGGGGACAUACCAUGCUCUGGCUGUUGACAUGGACACUCUAAAAGGCAGUGCUGCAGCAAACCAGAAGUUAAUAGAGGAUUUGCAGAUAGCAAACUUCAAACUGAAGGAGGUGUGUGCAAAUAAUUUGAUUGAAAAGGCACUUCUCUCGGAAAAGGUUCAAGAGAUGGAACAAAUAUCUGAUGAAUAUUCACUCUUGGAGAUCUCAAUUUCAGAUGCACAUGCUGAAAUGGAAAGCCUGCGGGAGAGGAUAAAAGCAUUAGAAUCUUCAGAAAGUUCUUUAAAGUGUGAGCUUUCCUCCUGUGUUUCUGGAAAAGCUGUUCUUGUAGCAGAGCUAGACACCCUCGGUAGAAGUUUUGCUGACAUUUCAGAGAAGAAUUCUGUAUUAGAGAUGUCAUUAUCUGAUAUGAAAGCGGAGCUUGAAGACUUAAGAUUAAAACUGAAAGAUUCUGAAGAAACCCGCCAGGCUCAGCUUGCAGAUAACUUUGCUCUUUCUGCAGAAAAAAACAACUUGGUUUCUCAGUUACAUAAAAUUACAGUGGUUACGAAAGCCCUAGAAAGCAAGCAUGCAGAUCUGGAAGGCGAGCACACUUCUUUAUCAAGAGAGAAGGAUCUUGUAUAUGAUCAAGUCAGGAAGCUGAAGGGUCUGUUGAGGACAAUUAACAAAGAGUAUGAAGAUUCUGUGAAGUCACAUGAAAUGCAUGUGAGCAGCCUAGAGGAGCAGAUUUCAUCUCUGAUACAGAAAAUCCAUGAUAUGGACGAGAGGCUUGAAGAGCAAGAACAAAAAAGCAUGAGAGCUUCUAUUAGUGUAGUGCUCUUGGAGGGCAGUUUAGUUGACGUGAAAGAUAAGAAUGUGGCUCUCUUAGAAAAAUGCCAAAAGUAUGCUGCGGAAAAUCAUGCUGCAGAGAUUUUAAUAUCAGAGCUGGAAGAUCAAGCCAGAUAUCACGAAGCAGAGAGUAAACGGUUGCUAAAGCAUAAUGGAAAACUAAGAGAAGGGAUUUCACAGCACAUGAAGGUCCUUAACAUCAGUAGGGAUGUAGGACCUGCUGAUGUAGCUCAGGAUGAAAUUCUGUUACAGACUGUUUCAGAUGAAACCUCUAAUAUUGUGAAACUUAAAGAGGAAAGUGAAGAUGUUAAUACUCUCAUGUAUACAGAGCUUUUGGUUCAUGCGACUGUCAUGUUGCAAGUAGGAACGGAGUUCAGAGAUCUGCAGUUGCAGAAGUGCGCCCUUGAGAAAAAGGUAGAGGAUGAAGCAACAGAAAUGAUAUCUUUACAAAAUGAAAAUUGUCAACUAAUAGAAUGCAAUGAACAGCUGCGGCAAGAAUUGCAGAAAAUAAGUGAAAGGGGUCAGAUACAGAAGACUGAAGCAUUGAUUUUACAUGAGAAGCUAUCUUGUUUGACAGAGUCCUACCAGAGUUUGCAAGAUGAAAUUACUGACAUGACUGAGAGAAGUGAGUCCUUAUCUAAGGAACACAGCUCUUUGAUUGAGAGGUACAACGCCUUGGAGGAUGAGAAUGGUGCUGUUCUUGCAGAAUGCAUGAUUCUUGAGCACUUGUCUCUGUUCUUUAGAAGCCAUAAUAAUGAGGUAGCAUCUGCAUUGGUAUCUCUUACCAAUGAGAUGGCUUUGCUGAGUUUAGGUAAGGGUGAACUUGAUAGUGAAGUCAAAGUGCUGAGCGCAAGAGCUAUGAUGCUUGAAUCAGAAAACAGUAACCUCAAGAAGUACAUAGUCUACUUGAUAGAAGUUCUCAGUAAUCGGCUUGUCCUUUUGGAGUUUGAGUUGAACACUGGAAAAAGUGUCUGCCAGGAGCUGUUUGGUGAACUUGAGCACUGCAUGGCGCUGCUGGUGCAUAAGGACGAUGAGUUACUGGAAGCAGAAGAGAAUGUUCAGCUCAUGCAAGAAAAGAACCGGGAAUUAUGUCUAGUUGUUGCGGCCCUUCAGGUUGCCAUUGAAGAUGGCAAAGUGGUGAAAGGAGAACUUGAGAAGAAAAUCGUCAUCCUGACUGCGGAGGGCACCACCAAGGAUGAUGAAAUGUUCCUACUUCGCCAAGCAAAUGAAACCCUGCAAGUGGAUGCUUGCAUUCUAAAAAACAAGGGGCAGCAUUUGACUUCUGCACAUGAGCUCGUGUCAAAAGAAGUUGAGCAACAUGAAAGAGAGUUUGCUCUACUUUUGGGUGACGCAAUAACCUAUUCCGUGAAAGCUGCAGUCUACGAAGAAAAGGCACUCAAGUUCAUGAUGGAAGGGAAAACUAUUGAGAUUAGUGCAAUAGCCCAAAAGGAGCUGCUAUUGAAUAAAACCUCCUCAUUAGAUGCCCAUAUUGAGGCUCUGCAGAAAAAGGUAAAUGACAUGCAGGAAGAAAAUGCAGAACUUAGAACAAAAGCCGGGUCACGGAUGGAAGCAAAUGAAAUAUAUUCUGAGGAUGAGAAGCAAAAAGAUGCUGCGGACUCUAAAGGGAAGCAGGUCCAGAUGAUGAAGGAUAUCGAACUUGAUCAAAUAUCUACCUGUCCAACAUAUGGUACUGGAAUCUACCCACUUGGCAAUGCUGCAAAUGCUGAGCUGGAUGAUGAGAUGCUUCAGCUAUGGGAGGCUGCAGAGAGGACCUGCAAAAACCAAACAGCCAAGUCAUCGUCAUCCGAGCAUGACAUACAAGCAGUUGAGGAGGUAAAAAGUGAGUACCCUUCCUCAGAGCUUAUAAGGGGAAGAGAGCUUGGGAUCAAUAAGUUCGAGACGUCUUCCUCGUCUUUAGUAGAGCCUCAUGAUAUAUGGGGCAAAAAUGUGGUUGAGAGGCUCACUUCUAAUGCUCAGAGGCUGCUGAGCAUCCAAGAGAGCAUCCAGGAAUUGAAGCAGAAGAUGGGUGGCCCAUCGAAGGGCAGGUCUCCCAUGAAUACGGAGUACGAUGGCAUCAGCACUCAGCUGCAUGAGACCGAGGGGCUCGUCUUGGAACAAAUCAAUCUCAACAGCAAGCUGUCAAAGAAGGCUGAGAGUUACCCUGCAUUGUCGGGAAGCAUGAACUCUGAGCUGGAAGGUUUACCCAGCAGGAGGAAGAUCUCGGAGCAGGUGAAAAAAGGGUCAGAUAAUGUGUCGAGGCUGGAACUGGAGCUUCAGAAGAUACAGUAUGUCUUACUGAAGCUCGAGGAGGAGAACGAGUACAGGAGGCUCAAGGUCUCCGACAAGCGUACUCGGGUGCUCCUGAGGGAUUAUCUGUAUGGGAGGAAGGACCACCGUGGUGGUGCGCACAAGAAGAAGAAGGCGCCCUUCUGUGGGUGUGUGCCCUCUAAAUCGAGAACAGAACCCUAGCCAUUUUGUUACUUGGCGGCUAGAAAUAAGAACUACUUUUUAAAGAGAAAAUCAUACUUAUAGGAGUGCCCACCUUGUAAUUGAGCUAGCAUGUUAGUAUUCAGAAUAAACUUUUGUAUCUAUUUUUUUCUCCAGGUUGUUCUGUUUAAAUGAGUCCAUAUUCAUAGUUAGUUCAAUGUGCUAUUUCAAGGCAUCA